AUGGUGUCUCUUGUGCUUGCGCUUGUGUCUUCUUCUCCUGUGCCUGUGGGGAGGAGGUUCUGGCGUGUCAUCUUCGGGAGCUGGUGCUGGUGUGCUGGUGCUGGUGCUUUUUUGGCUGGUGCUGGCGCUGUUGGUGCUUCGGCUGGUGUUGGGGAUACUUUCGGAGCAGGCAAUAGUGGUGAAUCAGCUGGUGGUAAUGGCAGCGGUGGGGGUGAAAUAGGUGCUUCUUUUGGUGGUUGUGGUGGUGGGAUUUUGGGGGAUGGGGGUUUUGGACUUAAUGCUGGUGUAAUCUUGGGAACAGGUGGUUUCACAGGUGCUAUUUUUGGAGGUGUUGUUUUGGGAACGGGUGGUUUCACAGGAGUGGCGGUUGGUGGUAAAUCCUUGGGAACUGGUAAUUUAACUGGAGCAGAUGAUGGGGGUAAAAGCUUGGGAUCAGGUAAUUUCACAGGAGCAGAUGUUGGAGAAAUCACUUUUGGAAUUGGUGAUUUCACAGGAGCAGAUGUUGGAGAUGUUACUUUUGGAAUUGGUGUUUUCACAGGAGCAGAGAUUGGAGAUGUAACUUUUGGAACUGGUAAUUUCGCAGGAGCAGAUGAUGUUGGGGAUGUAGCCUUGGGGAGCGGUGAUUUCACAGGAGCAGACGAUGUUGGAGAUGUAGCCUUGGGGACUGGUGAUUUCACAGGAGCAGACGAUGUUGGGGAUGUAGCCUUGGGGACUGGUGAUUUCACAGGAGCAGAUGAUGUUGGAGAUGUCGCCUUGGGGAGCGGUGAUUUCACAGGAGCAGACGAUGUUGGGGAAGUAGCCUUGGGGACUGGUGAUUUCACAGGAGCAGAUGAUGUUGGAGAUGUCGCCUUGGGGAGCGGUGAUUUCACAGGAGCAGACGAUGUUGGGGAUGUAGCCUUGGGCACUGGUGAUUUCACAGGAGCAGAUGAUGUUGGAGAUGUAGCCUUGGGGACUGGUGAUUUCACAGGAGCAGAUGACGUUGGAGAUAAAACCUUAGGAACUGGUGAUUUCACAGGUGCAGUUGAUGUUGGAGAUGCAACCUUGGGAACCGGUGAUUUACUAGAAGUGGGAGAAGUCGCGACUGGUGGUUUCAUUGAGGGAAGAGGGGUUGCUAUAACAAUUGGUGGUUUUGUGGCAGAAAUGGGGGAAGCCGUGGUUGGCAAUUUGGAGGGUGCAGAUGCGGUUGCUGGUGUUGGCUUGCUAGUUGCAGUGGGAGAAGUUGCUGCUGGUGGUUUCUGCGAAGUGGCAGGAGUUGCAGCCACAACAGGAGGUUGUUUGGCUACUGAUGGUGCAAUUGGAGUAGUUGUUGGCAAUGUAGAGGGUGCAUUUGGGGUUGUGGUUGGCAAUGCAGAGGGGGCAGUUGGGGUUGUGGUUGGCAAUGCUGAAGGUGCAUUUGGGGUUGCUGUUGGCAAUGUAGAAGGUGCAUUUGGGGUUGUGGUUGGCAAUGCAGAGGGUGCAUUUGGGGUUGUGGUUGGCAGUGCUGAAGGUGCAUUUGGGGUUGCUGUUGGCAAUGUAGAAGGUGCAUUUGGGGUUGUGGUUGGCAAUGUUGAUGGUGCAUUUGGGGUUGUGGAUGGCAAUGUAGAGGGUGCAUUUGGAGUUGUAGAUGGCAAUGCAGAGGGAGCAUUUGAGGUUGUAGUUGGCCAUGUAGAAGGUGUACUUGGGGUUGAAGGUUGCCAAUUGGAGGGGGUACCUGCUGGUGCUUGGGCAUUGAUUGUGGCUAGCGGGUAA